AUGGAAUCAUCACCGGCAAAAUUGAACUUUGGAAAAUCUCUCCUGGUUCCAAGUGUUCAAGAGCUUGCCAAACAGCACCUAACCAAUAUUCCGGCCAGGUAUGUCCGCGCAGAACAAGAAUCUCAGGCCGUAUCUGCUGGAGCGGCGGUUCCAGUUAUCGAUCUUCAAAAGUUGAUAUCGGGUGAUUCAAUGGAUUCUGAGCUGCAAAAGCUUCACUCCGCUUGCCAACAAUGGGGUUUCCUCCAGGUUAUAAACCAUGGAGUGACACCUUCGUUAUUGGAGGAAUUCAAGAGAGAGGUUAUUGAAUUGUUUAGACUUCCCAUGUCCGAAAAGAAGAAACUAUGGCAACAAGAAGACAGCUUUGAAGGUUUUGGGGAUAUAUUUGUUGUAUCGGAGGAGCAGAAGCUUGAUUGGAGUGACAUGUUUGCCAUAGUAACUCUUCCCCCUCAUAUCCGCAAAGUGGACUUGUUUCACAAGUUGCCUUCAAAGCUCAGGGGCAUCAUGGAAGCAUACUCCAAAGAAAUCAAGAACCUAGCAAUGAUCAUCGUAUGUCAAUUGGCAAAGGCUGUAAAGAUGGAUGAAAAAGAAAUGAGAGAUCUAUUCAGUGAUGGUAUGCAGUCAAUGAGGAUGAAUUAUUAUCCGCCUUGCCCUGAGCCACACAGGGCAAUUGGCUUAAGCCCUCAUUCUGAUGCUGAUGCCCUCACCAUCCUCCUCCAGCUCAGUGAAACUGAAGGCCUUCAAGUCCGAAAAGACGAUAUUUGGGUGCCUAUAAAGCCCCUCCCAAAUGCUUUGAUUGUGAAUAUUGGCGAUAUGAUGGAGAUAGUAAGCAAUGGUGUUUAUAGGAGCAUUGAGCACAGAGCAAUUGUGAACUCAAACAAAGAAAGGCUCUCUGUUGCAACAUUCUCUACCUUCAGCCUUGAUUCCGAAUUAGGACCUGCACACAGCCUCAUUGGACCAAAUAAUCCUCCAAUUUUCCGAAGAGUUGUCGUGCAAAAAUAUUUACUGGAUUUUUUUGCACGAAAACUUGACGGAAAAUCGUACCUUGAUUUCAUGAAGGUAGAGACAAGUGAUGGAGAAUCCUAG